AACCUUUUGUCAAGGUAAAGCGACAGAGAAACCUGUGUAUCAUGCGCAGAGCAUUAUUUAUUUUAUUGAGAGCACUUUUCGAUUUUAUUUAUUUUGCAUUUGAGUUUCGUUCAAAUUUAGAACAAUUGCAGAGGAAUAAUAUCUUGGCGGCGGACUAUAUGACAUAUGAUAGUUUAGGCAAUUGCUAUGUGAAAUCUGUUAAUUUAAGGGGUCGUUGCAUACGCUAUCCACAAUGUCGAAGUGCGGUACAAGCGUGGACACACUAUCAACAAUUGCCGUUUAGCUGUUAUUAUGGUAGAUUGGAAACGAGCAACUUUGUUUGUUGUCCUGAAGCAUAUAUAAUAUCGUCAACAUUGCCGGCUUACUCCGUUUUUACGCAAAGUCCGCAAGAACACUUAAGUGAACGAGAAUGUUCCCUUAUUUAUAACAACAACAUCAAACAUCGUAGUAAUCGUCAUCGCAGAGAAUUGAAUGUAAUGACGAAUUACAAUGAGAACUGUUUAAAACCGGUCAUGGAGGAAAUUAUUGAAAAGAAAGUCUUUGCACGUAGAGAAAUUGUCGCUGGAUUAAGCACACGCCACAACGAGUUCCCUUUUAUGGUAAUUAUAAUUAGGAAAGUGUAAGCAGAGCAAGUCUUGAUAUAAAAAAUUUCUCUUCUUUCUCUUUAGUGUGUUCUUGGCUGGCGUAAGACGAUUAAUAAU